AUGGAAGUAGCUGGACAGGACCCAAUGGAUGAUGUGCAGAUGAUAGAAAUACCGAAAUUAGAAGUCACAAAACAAAACCUUGACUACCUGAACUCAGACCUUGAAAAGGACCUGCAGAGACUGGAUGAGGCAAAUCAAGUUCUUCUCAGGAAAAUUCAAGAGAAGGAAGAAGCUAUUCAAAGUCUGGAAGGAGAGAUUGCCCUGUCACUAGGACGAGCCAAUGAGAGGGAGGAAUUGAACCACAUCGCAUCAGAGAAGGAGGAAACCUUGAGGAACCUGGAAUCAGAGACAGCAAAGCUGGAAAAAAGUAACAAGAUUCUGAGCAGGAAUGUGGUAGAGCUUCAGAAGAAGAUUUCAAGGAGACAUAAGAAUGAUGGCCUUAAUAAAGAAACCCUAAAGCAGAUGUUGGCAGAACUGAAGGUCAGACUACAAAAGUCAACAGAGUCCUGCACAAAGCAAGAGAAGGAACUGCUCAAGAUAGAGAACGACUACCAAUCUUUGCAACAGCUCUGUGAGGACCAGGCCCACUACAUAAAGAAAUACCAGGAAAUUCUGAGGCAGAUGGAAAAGGAAAAAGAGGUGAUGCUUCUUGAAAAAGAAGUAUUCAAAGCCCAGAAUAACUCUUCCCAAAUUGUGAAACCUGGGUCAAUUCUGGUAGAGACCAUCCAAAGCAACAUGGAGAAGACCAUCAUUAAGAAACAGAAGAGAAUCUUUUGGUACAGGCAUUUCAGGUGUCUUGUCUUCAUGGUCAUGAUCUUCAUUAGGCUGCUGGGUUAUGCGCUUUUCCACCUGCAGUACAUAAACCCAGACCUUCUUGUGGAUGCCCUACCCAUGGUAAUGAGCAGGGACACCUUGAAGAGACUGAGGGAAGUCUUAUUUCCCUUCCUCACUCUAGAGGUGGAAGAAGUUCUACCACAUUAA